AUGGCGGCGCUGCACGACAGAAUCGCGACCAUCGUCGGCGGCGACCAGGCGAAGAUAGCCAGGUUGAGAGAGAUUCUUUCCUGGUUUGACAACGACUGGGAGGUGUCGGUGUCGAUGAAGGAAAUGGUCGGGUAUCUUAGAGAUAGCGAGAGGGAUGAGAUCCAUUCCCGAGAUGGAGUCCCGCGGGAGUCCGUCAAGUCCAUCGAGUAUCUCCUCACGGCGAUGGAGCAGACGGACUCGGAGGAGCGGAGGGUCAGGUGCAGGUGGUGGGUAUACAGAUCCAGGAUCGAGCAUCUAGAGGAUGAUCCCACGAUCACAUGUGCGGUGCCAUUCGUGAGGGUGUUGUUCCAGGUGGUGCCACCGAAGUGGACGCGCAUCAUACGCAACAAGAGGCCAUUCCCGCGCGCGACGACGCUUGCCCACCAUUCUCCACGGUUCCCUCGACGAUCUCUUCGUCUCAAUGGUGGCGGUGGCGUUCAGGUUUAG